UGUUUUCUGUUCUUUUCAAAUUCUGUUCCAAAGCAAUCUGUCUUUUCAAUGACAACAUGGAGGAUAUUUCACAGAAAAAACAUCUUUGUAGUUGUAAUGAGGUUCUCGUUCACUAAAUGACCCAGCUCAGUGGUCUGUGUGUGUCGCGUGCUGCCAUAAAUUUUUGCUCGAACGAACUUUUUGAUAUUUUUCACUUAUGCUUCUCGUAAUCAACAGAUGGCGCUGUUACUUCUAAAUAUGGCAGCCUCCUGUUGAGUUUUUAAAAGGUGUACAUGUGUGCCCCUGUGUAUUCAUUUAAUAAAGUCUUGAGCAUUGAACGUUCACGGCUCACCAUUGUGAGUAUUAUACCUGCGCUCAAGUACUCAGCUUGAGAUAAUGGAUGUCCUUAGACCACGGCUUAUGUGGAUAGAAGGCCGUUGCUACCGAGUAAAUGUUGUUGAUGACAGCGUCAGCGGUUCAUAUCGAUGGGAUGAAGAAGAAACCAGUGGUUGGGUAACAAAGGAUGAGGAAGCAAGAGGUUCUGACGAUGCAGACAUUGAGCAGACGGAUACUGGUUAUAGGACUUGUCUUGAGGUACCGAGCCCCUACUUCAAAUACUUGAUAGGUAAAAAAGGCGAAACGAAGAAACGACUCGAAAGUGAGACGAAAACGAGAAUCACGAUUCCGAAAUCUGGCGAAGAAGGGGAGAUAUUAAUAGUGGGUGCAGAGCUACACGGAGUGCGGUCCGCUCGCACGCGAAUAGAGCUGCUACUGUUGUCUGUACGCAUGCGUCAGCCCUUCACGCACUUCAUCUCCAUCCCCGUUGCCAGGCAACACAUCAAGGAAGCCCUGUUUGGCUUCAGAGAUGAAGUGCUGCGGAGGUGCGACGGAGACCGCGGGGUGAACUUCAGUCUCUUCCAGGAUGCAGACAAGCUUCACGUGACUGUCAGCACGCUGGUGUUGCUGUCGGAGGCGGAGCGGCAAUGCGCCGCUCACACGUUGCAGCAGUGCUGCCGCCAGCUCGCUGACGAUGCUAAGCACCCCCUGGCGGUUACUCUCCGGGGCGUCGAGUACAUGAAUGAUGACCCUAGCGCCGUGGACGUGUUGUACGCAAGGGUGGAGGAUGCGAGUGGGCGGCUGCAGUCGCUCGCCGACGGGCUUGUGAGCAGCUUCGCGGACGCGGGGCUGACGCAGCGACAGCGUGAACACGAACACGUGAAACUUCACGUGACCGUCAUGAACACGAUCUUCCGACGCGAUGCAGAGGCCGAGGUUACCGAGGGCAACGCGAGAGAGUCGUUCGAUGCCAGGAGGCUGAUGCAAGAGUUUGUGGACUAUGAGUUCGGCGAGCUGGUUAUAACAGAGUUGCAUAUUUCGCAGCGGUAUACCACAGCGAGUGACGGCUACUACGAAGCCACUGCAGUAGUGCCGCUGUCCGUGUGACGAUCCUGAUGUGAGCAUGCUAGCAAAUGUUAUGCCAUGAGAACAGCUGAUAUAGCGAAACGAGACGUCUGCGCAUGGUUGAUUAAUCUAUGAGCGAGCCUUAGCUGUGUUUACAUGAUUGCAGUCGAAUGUGACAUUGGUGCACCGUCUGUGUGUAGCAAUAAUUAAUAGGCAUGCAAUGUUGAUCAACAUUGCUUGUAAUUGUCGCUCUGUUAUAUUUGGGCGGAGCGUGUAACUGUAAAAUGUAUGAAUAAACAUGUUAGCAAUGAUACUCAGAAGCA